AUGUUCUCCUCGGCAUUUAAGUCCAUAUCUGCCACCAACAUCACCGGCAACUACUCUAUUUCCUCAGCACCGACUUCGACGGCUGGCCCCUGGAAGAUCUACGAUGCGAAGAAGAAAUCCACCGGGAAACCCUACAGCGUCUUUGUCUUCGAUAAGAAGUCACUGGACACCCAUGGCAGCUCUCUGGGCCGCUCCGGCGCGGCUUCGUUCAAGAAAACCGUCGAGGAAGUCGUCGAGCGUCUAAAAAAGGAGGCUUCAAGUCUCGCGAAGCUCAGACAUCCCAAUGUUCUGGAAUUGGUGGAACCAGUAGAGGAAACGAGAGGUGGAGGCUUGCAGUUCGUUACAGAGUCUGUCACAGCUUCAUUAUCCAGUCUGUUGCAGGACAAGGACGAACAGGAACGAUCUGGAGGGCCCGGCGGAAGGUCAAGUCGAUACGUGACGGAGGAUGCAGAUGGGACAAAGAAGCGAAGAGAACUCGAGAUUGACGAGCUGGAAAUUCAAAAGGGUUUGCUUCAAGUUAGCAAAGCACUCGAAUUCUUGCACGAGAAUGCUGGUAUCGUGCACGGCAACCUUACACCUGAUGCAGUCCUCAUUAACGCUAAGUCUGACUGGAAAAUCAGUGGAUUAGCAUUCGCCAGUCCCCCUGAGGGAUCCGACAAGCCAACGUCUAUCCAAGGAAUUAACUUAUAUGAAGUCCUCAACAUGGAUCCGAGACUACCAAAGGCGGUGCAACUCAGCCUCGACUAUACCUCUCCCGACUUUGUAGUCGAUAACAACCUCAACUCCUCUGCCGACAUGUUCUCUCUCGGACUUAUGGCAGUCGCUUUGUACAACUCACCUCACAAGUCUCCCCUGGAGUGCCACGGUAGCUUGUCUACAUACAAGCGUUUGUUUGCGUCCUCCUCCAGCGUUCCAUCUGCCAGUAACAACUAUCUUUCUUCGCGGCCUCUUCCUAGGGAGCUCUCCCACGAUGUUCUACCGAGGCUGAUCACAAGGCGACCUGCUCAACGAAUGACGGCGCGUGAGUUCCAACAGAGCGAGUACUUCGACAACAUUCUGGUGUCAACAAUCCGAUUCCUUGACUCAUUCCCCGCCAAGACUGCCAACGAGAAGGCGUCUUUUAUGCGAGGCCUCAACAAAGUGUUGCCUUCGUUCCCCAAAUCAGUCAUGGAGAAGAAGAUCCUGCCAGCCUUGAUAGAAGAACUCAAAGACCGAGACCUUCUUUCGCUCAUUUUACAAAAUGUCUUCAAGAUGCUCGAUCUCCUUCCAUCAGCCAAAAGGGCAUUCAGUGAGAAGGUUCGACCAGCUCUGAAUGAAAUCUUUGUUGUAAAUGCCAAGCAGACCCAAGAGAAAGACCCAUCUAGGGACGCGGGUCUUAUGGUUGUUCUUGAGAAUAUUUCUUCUAUUUCCAGCAAUUGCUCUGGAAAGGAGUUCAAAGAUGACAUGCUUCCUGUCAUCAUAGCAGCAAUCGAAUGCCCCACACACUCAAUUGUCGAUGCUGCCCUUCGCAGUCUGCCAGUUGUACUACCAGUACUUGACUUCAGCACUAUCAAAAAUGAGUUGUUCCCAGUGAUCGCUGCUGUUUUCAGCAAGACAAACAGUCUUGCCAUCAAAGUCCGUGGCUUGAGAGCCUUUGUAAUAUUAUGCGGUGGGAAGAACGACAGCGGCGAAGACGACGGGCUCAACGGGUUAGAGAGCAAGAAAACGUCCUCUUCUAGCGCACUUGACAAGUACACCAUGCAGGAAAAGAUUAUCCCACUCAUCAGAGUGAUCAAGACAAAAGAACCUGCCGUCAUGAUGGCGGCUUUGGGCGUUUUGCGAGUUGUAGGCUCAGUUGCUGACGCCGACUUCGUGGCGAUGGAGAUCCUGCCUAUCCUCUGGAGUAUGAGUUUAGGACCACUACUCAACUUGAAGCAGUUCCAAGGUUUCAUGGAACUCAUUAAGAGUUUGUCCCGGAGGGUUGAGGACGAGCAGACAAGAAAGCUCCAGGAACUGGGAGGUGCCUCGAGCGGCGGUGCUGCAGCACCUAACGAGGAUUUCAUGGCAUUUGGUGGCGUUACUGGCACGACCUUUGACCAGAACAAUGGAGGUACAGACGACGAUUUUGAGAGCCUAGUCAAGGGACGUGUGGGCAGUCCCAGGUCAAGUACGGCAACCCCUGGCUGGGAUGAUCCAGCAAAGUCCAAGUCAAGUACACCAGCGCCCACAUUCUCAUGGUCUACGCCUCCCCCGCCAUCCACCAAUACUAUACCAAAGCUCGCUCCUCAAAAGGCACCAUCUUUCAGAACCGUGACUCCAGAUCUCGGUCGAUUCGAGGCUUUAACACCGUCCUCAACACAAUUCAGUCAGCCGUUACAGCCGACACCUUUCCAGCCUCCCAGUCAACUACAGCAAACCCAACCGCUCGCCCCUCAGCAGCCGCUGUCUGCUUCUACCUCUGGGACGUCUAUCAACUGGUCAGCUGCUUCGCAGGCCACACCAACUCCAUGGGGAAGCUCAUCUGGGUUUGGCACUAGUGCUUCUACAGGCAACCUUGGCUCUUCAAUGGCAAGCAUGUCAAUGAACUCGGCAUCGCGUCAAUCGUCCUUUACACUUCCUCCGCCACCAGGUAGCACAUCUGCUACUCCCUCAUCGUUCUCCAUAACCCCACCGCAGACGAACUGGGGCAGUAUGGGCUCGGCGAACAACGCUACCUCCAAUACACCACAGAACAACACGGGGCAAAAGUCGGGUUUGGAUAAAUAUGAGAGCUUGAUUUAG